CGUCAGUUUGUCUUAAGCGGAUUUGGUCGACACGUGUGUGUGUGUGAGUAAGUGUGUGUACUUGGGUAGAUUGGUGUGUGUGAAGCGUUUUACCUGCUGCUCGAAGACGUGUCUCACGCAGUGGCAAUCGGAAUCGCUAACUCAGCCGUUUGGCAUAUACCAUUUGGCAUCCUUCUGGCUGAUAUUUCGCAUGAAUUUAACGCUUGGCAUAGGUCACGUUUAGCACGUGCUGGACUCUCACGCCACUCACGACACGCUUUUUGAUCAACUGCGUGCUGGAGAGUACGAGUGUGAGUGCGAGUGUGAGUGUGAGUGCGAUUGUGAGUGCGAGUGCGGUUGACAUUCGAUUUACUUUCGCUGCAAGUUGGCCAGCGGCGUAGCAUACUUUUUGGCAGCUCCACACGCGCUGCGUCCCGGUCGAUAUUUGCAUAAAUUAAAAAUAAAAGAGAACGCAUAUAGAAAAACCCACAUUGAAAAGCAAAAGCAGAAAAAAACAUACACACAGAGUCUGCUUAAUGAGUUUUUAAUACGCUGCCACGUUUCCGUGUGCUUGUUUGUGUGUGUAAGUGCGAGUGAGUGUGUGUGAGAGAAGCGUGUGUGCGGCAUAGCCAAGAGAACUGGGAACUAAAAGUCAUUGUCACUGGAUUUGCGGCUGACGUAGCUGCUAAUUUAUUGAGCCCCACAAAAGACUUGCCAAAGCGAUAGAUUAAAAAAAAAAAACUAAUCCAACGUGAACUCCAACUAAAGGCGACAUUUGCUUGACCCACAAACUUUUUGCUUUGGGCUUGCACGAGAGGGUGAAAGAGUGAGCAGUCUAUAAAAGAACAGCUCUAACGACACCCAGGCGUCUCUCUCUCCCUCGUCGCUCUGUGGGCGUGUGAAGAAAAAAGGAGCAGCGCAUUAGUCAGCGGAAAAAAUUUACUGCGUUACAGAGGACCGUACGUGACGCGGCCCUUUUUAUACACUUAAUCAAAAGCCAAGAGCGAAGAACCCGCGGCCCGCCUUCGCAAUGUUGCCGCAUCAUCAUCAGCGCCACAGAAUGUGGAAGCUGCUGGGCUUGCUGCUGCUCUUGAGCAGUUGCCUCGUGGCGCCCGCUGGGGCUCGUUCGCGGGAUAAGGAGGAGCGACGCAGCAAUCGUGGACGUAACAGCAAUAUGGGCGCCUCUGCUUCCGCAUCGGCCGUGACCGGCAAUAACAAUGGCGGCUACUACACUAGCAGCUCGGCCUAUGGCAGCAGCAGUGGCAGCAGCGCCUUGACAGGCAUCACUGGCUACAACGGACCCAUCGAUACCACCGGCUUUUGUAUGCGCCGACGUGAUAUGAAGCUCAUGUGCUACUGCACGCCGGACGAGAAUCACAUUCCCGUGCAGAAGGCCGAGUGCUGGGUGUUCUCGGAGGGCUUGCAUCAGAAUGAUACCACCUGGACGCGCUUCUAUCAGCAGAAGCGUCUGCGCGAGCUCAAGUUCGUCAUCCAGAACAAUGCACGCCUGGACUACAUACCCACCAUGAUCAUUGAGCCGCUGAAGAAUCUGAGCAGCAUCGUCAUCGAGUACUCCCAGGUGGAGAUCGUCAAGAGCUAUGCCUUUGCCAAUUUGCCCUUCCUCGAGCGCAUCAUUCUGAACAACAAUCACAUUAUGGCCCUCGAUCAGGAUGCCUUCGCCAAUCACAUACGCUUGCGUGAACUGAAUCUGGAGCACAAUCAGAUCUUUGAAAUGGAUCGCUAUGCAUUCCGCAAUCUACCGCUGUGCGAGCGUCUCUUYCUGAACAACAACAACAUCAGUACUCUGCACGAAGGACUCUUCGCGGACAUGGCACGGCUCACCUACCUGAAUCUGGCCUACAAUCAGAUCAAUGUACUGACUAGCGAGAUCUUCCGCGGAUUGGGCAAUCUAAAUCUGCUCAAGUUGACCCAUAACAAUCUCAAUUUUAUUGGGGACACGGUGUUUGCUGAGCUCUGGAGCUUGACUGAGCUGGAGCUGGACGAUAAUCGUAUUGAGCGCAUUUCGGAGCGUGCCUUGGACGGUUUGAAUAAUUUGAAAACGUUGAAUUUGCGCAAUAAUUUGCUGAAGAAAAUUGACACCGGCUUGCUGCGUGGCACACCGGCUCUGCUGUCCAUCAAUGUGCAGGCAAACAAAUUGGAAACACUCACGUUCUACACAUUCCAGCCAAUUAUGGACAAUUUGGUCAACAGCACCAGCGAGCUGUUGGUGUCAGACAACAAAUUCAUUUGCGACUGUCGUCUACAGUGGAUCUUUGAAUUGAGAAAUCGCACACGUCACCAGCAGCUGCGCGACUCAUUGGAGAAUUUCAUUUGUGCUCUGCAGGAGCCGAAGCUGUCGCACUUCGUGGAUCCGGUGCCGUCGCAUAUACUCGAUCUGUUAAACUUUGGCGGUUUCACGGCCAUUGGCAGCAACAGCGCCAGCAUGGGCGGCAUUGGCGGCAUUGGCGGCAUCGGCAGCAGCAGCAACUACGCCAAUCUGGAGGAGCUGAGCAGCAGUAAUGGGCUGACCAUGAAAAAGCAUAGCUCGAGCAAAUCACGACAGGCGUUGCGCGGCCAGCGACAAUUCACAGACAAUGCCGAAAAUGUAGUCGAGUCGAAGCUGCGAGUGCGUCGCAAGCGUCAACAGCAACCGGAAGCGGAAGUAGGCGGCGUCGCUGCCGUGGCGCAAACACAAAAGCGUUAUGACUACUACGACGACACCAAUGGCAAUGCACACGCAUCGAGCUUGGGCCUGACACAUGGCUUGGACAUGGAUGACAAUUUGAACUUGCAUAAGCAAAGCAGUUUCUAUGGCGCCACUGGCCUGGCUCACAACGAUGUCGAGUUGCAGCACCAGCUGCAACCGCAAGCCGGCGAUGCACUCGACACAAUGGCCAAUAAGAACUCCUUGAACGUUCAUCUCUUCAUGCUGAAGCCGGAUAUGCUGCCCUGCCACGAUGAGCUGAGCGAUCCCACCGAGCUGCCACUGUCCCGUGAUCUGAUGGAUGUGCGCAGCAAUGCGGGCCAAGAUCUGCUCAUCAACGGCGCAAACCCCAUGCAGCUGACACUUGGACUACUAUUAAGCAGCCUCACUCUCAUGCUGCUGCUCAGUCAGGGUUGAGCAUCUAUCGGGGAGGUCGCUCUACAGCCCAUAUGAGUUUUAAUUGUAAAUACUCGUGAGCAUUCAGUCGGUUGUUCUACAGCAAAAAUUAACUAAAUACUAAAGAUCUUUUCAUAUGGAUACAGAGUAGAACUUUUGGAAACGAGCUUCAAAAAACACAACAAAAAACCAAAAAAAAAAAAAAAGAGUUAAAAGAGAAAGAAAACUAAAACACCUUAAAGUCUUGUAUAUAUGUAAAAAAUGAAAAUUCGAUAAACAAAAAAAAAAAAAAAAAAAAAAAAGUGAAACCUAAACUUAAUUUAAAACCUAGCUGUUAGCUGUAGCAUUAGUCUUGACUUUGACAGAAACUUUGAACCGAACUACCAACAGCACUAAUAAAACCGAACAGA